GAGAGAGAGAGAGAGAGACUGCGAGAGAGAGAGAGAGAGAGAAGGAGAGUCAGGGACAGGCAGUGCUGAAAAGGAGAGCACAAAGAGAAGGAAAGUGGAGCAGGGGAGGGGAACAGGAGGCUGGGUGAAGGGAGAGAGAGGCAGGGAGAGGGAAAGACAAAAGAAAGAGAGGGAGACAUAGCAGGGUGAACGGAGGGGACUGAGCAAAUGGCUACGGAGGAGACGGCGGGGGGAGCCAGGAAAGCCACCAAGAGCAAACUGUUUGAGUUCCUGGUCCAUGGAGUGCGCCCUGGCAUGCCGUCUGGAGCGAGGAUGCCCCACCAGGGAGCUCCCAUGGGCCCCCCCGGCCCGCCAUACGGAGGGAGCCCAGCGGUGCGGCCUGGCCUGCCCUCUCCAGUGAUGGAGCCCAGCCGUAAGAGACCCGCCCCCUCCCAGCAGGUGCAGCAGCAGCAGCAGCAGCAACAGGCGGUGCAGAACCGCACUAGAAAGAAGCCGGUCGGAUUCCCCGGAGCCAAUGAGAUGCCGGCGAGGCAGAUGGACAUACGAGAGCCCCAAUCAGAUCCCACGCUCGGAUCAAAUGCUAAGAGAAGGAAAAUGGCAGACAAGAUUCUUCCGCAAAGGAUCCGCGAGCUGGUCCCCGAGUCUCAGGCCUACAUGGACCUGCUGGCGUUCGAGCGCAAACUGGACCAGACCAUCAUGCGCAAACGGGUGGACAUCCAGGAAGCGCUGAAGAGACCAAUGAAGCAGCAAAAGCGUAAACUGAGGCUGUAUAUAUCCAAUACCUUCAAUCCUGCCAAACCUGAUGCCGAUGACUCCGACGGCAGCAUUGCAUCAUGGGAACUGCGGGUGGAGGGGAAGCUGCUGGAUGACCCUGGGAAGCAGAAGAGGAAGUUCUCCUCGUUUUUUAAGAGCCUGGUGAUCGAGCUGGAUAAAGACCUGUACGGUCCCGACAACCACCUGGUCGAGUGGCACCGCACGCCCACCACCCAGGAGACGGACGGCUUCCAGGUGAAGAGGCCGGGGGAUGUGAGCGUUCGCUGCACUCUGCUGCUGAUGCUGGACUACCAGCCGCCCCAGUUCAAACUGGACCCUCGCCUGGCUCGCCUGCUUGGCAUCCACACUCAGACCCGCUCCUGCAUCAUCCAGGCCCUCUGGCAGUACGUCAAGACCAACAAGCUGCAGGACUCGCAUGACAAGGAGUACAUCAACUGUGACAAGUACUUCCAGCAGAUUUUUGACUGUCCUCGGCUGAAGUUUUCUGAGAUCCCACAGCGCCUCACCAACCUCCUCCUGCCCCCUGACCCCAUCGUCAUCAACCAUGUCAUCAGCGUGGACCCCAAUGACCAGAAGAAGACGGCGUGCUACGACAUUGACGUGGAGGUGGAGGACCCUCUGAAGAGCCAGAUGAGCAGCUUCCUCCUGUCCACCGCCAACCAGCAGGAGAUCGCCUCCCUCGACAACAAGAUCCAUGAGACCAUCGAGUCCAUCAACCAGCUGAAGAUCCAGAGGGACUUCAUGCUCAGCUUCUCCAGAGAUCCCAAGGGCUACAUCCAGGAUUGGCUCAAAUCCCAGAGCCGAGACCUAAAGUUAAUGACGGAUGUGGUGGGGAACCCUGAAGAGGAGAGGAGGGCGGAGUUUUACCACGAGCCCUGGUCCCAGGAGGCCGUCAGCCGGUACUUCUACUGCAAGAUCCAGCAGAGGAGACAGGAGCUCGAACAGGCCUUAGCUGUCCGUAACACCUAAGCAAAGCCUUCCUGAGUCCUCUGCAUCUGAUUUCAGAGAUGUGUGUCUUUUGGAUAUGUGUGUGCAUGCGUGCGUGCGUGUGUGUAUGUAUGCGUAUCGAUGUUGUUGGGAAUAGACCUUGUACCUCCACAAUGUCAGCUUUUCAGGAGCUGGGGAAAGGCUUUGUUUUUGCGAACCACAAUGCAUUUUUGAGUUUAUCUUGAGGGUUUCAAGUCACAAUGAAAUGGCAUUUUAAGAGCUUCUUGCUUCCUUUAUUUAAUGGAUUGAAACAAGAUGUUGGGAGGAGGCAUAACACAGAGGGGCAUCUUUUGAAAGUUUAAAAACCAAUGAGAGAACAGUCAGGGCUAGAAAGGCAGUUUUAUUUGAUGGGAUGAUGUGAUCAGAGUGGAAUGAAUGGAAACCAAUGACUGGAUAAAAUGUAGGAAAAAUGCUUCAGGAAAAGAUUAGCAAAAAUGAAAAGUAUUUACCUUUGGUAGACAUGAGGUUAAAUGUGCAGAGUCACCGAUAUCAUCCUUUAAACCUGCAUUAAGUGAUUUCUGGAACUGUUAAUUAACAAUCCUGAAAUGAACUUGGGUUUUCUGGAGAUUUUUAUACACCUAAUUAUAUACAUUGAUACCAAGUGGCUAGGUGCAGCCAUUUUGCUGUUUUUCACCUCUUUUCUCUCGUCAUCAAAUUCAGGCCCAGAACGUAGCUCUGCCUACUUCACCGCCUCACCUCUCCGACUUUAUUCAAAGCUUUUCUGAAACCGCACCUUCUGCAGAUAAUCAUAUCCAAAUUUCAGAUCGAUUGUGUGAGUGCAAUAAGUUUGCUGGAAGCCGUUUUUUACCUGAAUGUCAGCAGCUUUCAAAUUCGAGCUCAGAGACAAAAUAAUCCAGUUAAUCCAACAAGAGCCUUGUAAGAGUCAAAUACAGCCAUUUCCAUCACCAAAAAAGCAUUUUUUGGCCUUAACUGUCUGUUUUGUACAACCAAGCUGCCGUCUGUUUGUUCACAAAUGGAGCUCUCAGCACCCUCUAGUGGUCAGAAAGUGCUUACUGCAGCUUUAAUAUUGAAUAUUUCAGCAUGGAAAAUUACCCAACAAGUUAAAAAAAAAAAAAAGUAAAUUUUCACUUCAUUGUGACUUGAACCCCGGAGAGUUUUCCCAACUUGUAGAGGACCAUGAGAUGAGAAUCCCCAAAGCCGGAGGUGCCAGGUUCUCAUACAAAAGCAGCGAUAUGCACGGUGUGUAUGCAAGGUCGAUCUCAGUGCACGUGCGUCCACUGCGUAUUUGUUUAGUUUUUGGGUCAGGACUGUGAGGACAGGACAUCAUCGCCACCUGCAUGCAAUCAGCAGCAUGGUCGACUAUCGGCGGCGGAGCUCGGCCCCUCGGACCACAGGCCACCACCAGACACGCUGUCUUUUUAAACGGACUUUCCCCUCAGAGCGGGUCUUUUCUAUGUAAAUAUACUGUAGGUCACUAGCAUGUCCCCACCGCCCCGCCUCUCUCUCUCUCUCUCUCUCUCUCUCUAUAAAGACAACUGGUCACUCUAACCGGCUGCUUGUACAUCACUGUGUUUUGGACCCUCAUCUCAAAGAGACAGAGACAGCUACUGUGUGUCCGACAGACCUGAACAUGAUGUAACCGUGUGACAGUCCUCGAAAUCCUCACUGUGCGCUGGACGACUUCAGCGUCUUCGCCUCGUUGUGUUUCCCGCCUCACACGGGUUCAUUUUUGUGUUUUAUUUUGUGUCUUUUUUUUUUUUUUUUUUUUUUGUAACAGUGUUAAAAGCGUGUGUGGGCAGCUGAGACAAUGUGUUUUUGUUUUGUUUUGUUUUUUCAAUUGUUCCUGUUUCGAGAGUGUUAAAAUCGAUUAAUUACACCAGCAGAGCAAAGAUUACAGUGUGACUUUUGUGGGAUGCAGGGAAUCGAGUCGUGUGGGUUUCUUUUAUUCAAGAGUUGAAUUAACUUGAUUAAUUGGAAGGCCUCUAACGUGUCCCGUUUUAUCCUCACUAGCCAAUAAACAGAUUCAUUUUCCUUUUACAGUAAUUAUUGCCACAGUAGGGCUCGGUGUACAUUAGCUGGAGUACAGUUUUAUCCAAAAGUGGAAGUAUUUUGAACUCUUUACCCAGAGCAGUGUUUUAAUGAAGAAGAGGAAUACUGAGCAUCACGGUUAUCUUUUCUUCCCAAAAUCACACCCCACCCGCACCGGUGGGACAGUAAAACUACAAAUAUCUAAUAUGCCUAUAUCAUGUGUCGGGACAUUGGAAGACUGAUGUCUAUGGGUUUUCUCCCCGCUCAUUAACUACUUGUUCCUGAUGUAUUUUGUCAAUUAAUGUCCUCAAAGGUGUUACCAAAGGUUACAGCAGCAAGAGUGCAUGGCCACUAAAAGAGAAAUGGGAAAUCUCUUGACUUGGGUUUAACAGGAGUUGCAAACACCUUUUUUUAAAACAUUGGUUUGAACCUAUUUUGAGUACCAGAGGGUUGGGUUUUCAACCACAACAGGACAAUUCAGGUAGUUUAGGGUAAGUGGUCUAUUAUGCUGACUCUCAAAUACCUGACUGUGAUUGUCAUAUUUUACACUUGCUGUGUUGUCCUUUAUAGCAAACCCCUCCGAUUGGUCCAGAAAUAGGAUGCAACAAAUUGUAAGAAGAA